UUAUUCUAUUAUACUGCAAAUUGCAAUAUUCUAAAUAAAAACCAUCGCCUAAUAAUUACGCUUAAUAAUUAACAAAUGGUUAUGUAAAUUUUUUUUUUUCAAUUUAAAAAUAUAAAAUUUUCACUUAUUUUUUCUUAGUAGUAAAAAAUGGCAGCAAGAGAGGCUUCGAAGUAUGCAACCAAAGUAGUAAGGCCAUUACUUUCGUCAAACAAAUCUGAAGCCAAAAAAAGAGUAUUAAAUUUAUACAAGACAUACUACAGGCAAAUACCUUUGAUGUUGUUUGAUCAUCAUCUUCCACUGACAAAAGAAGAAUGUCAACAAAAAUUGAAAGAAGAAUUUUUGAAGAAUAAGCAUAUUACCGAUAUUAGAGUCAUUGAUAUGCUGGUGAUUAAGGGACAAAUGCUUUUGCAAGAAAUAGUGACCAAGUGGGCCCAGGAUUGUCACAUAAUGAAUUUAUUUAAGGAUACAGUUGAACCAAAGCCUAAUGACUUCUUAUCUAAGUUUGUUAACAGUAAUGACUCUCAAUAAUUAAUCAAAACAUUUAUUAAGUGUUACUGUAGUUGAAAUUUAAAAUAUUUUUAGUAUGAAAAUGUCUGUACACCUUAAUCUUCUUUAUACGAUUAAAAAAAUUCUGUAAUAUUCUUACACAUUA